AUGGCGGCCUCACGAUCUGCUCCAUCCAGCCAUGUCUAUCUCAACGGCCGAACCCUGGAAGGAGGUGGGCAACUGGUUCGAAUUGCCAUCGGGCUGUCUGCAUUGACUGGUCGCCCAGUUAGCAUUGAUCAUGUUCGUGCAAAUCGAGGGGGAAAAAAGGGGCUUAAGAGAUCUCAUGUUGCAGCAGUAAAGAUGUUGGCCGAGAUUAGCGGCAGCAAAAUAUCAGGAGGCGAAGUUGGCUCCCAGUUCUUGAACUUCUUUCCUCAAUCAGCCAGAUCAAAACUCGGACCGCUCCUGGAUUUAUCUCAAGUGACGGUAAAGUCUGAGUACGAUAUCAAGCUCACGACCGCCGGUGCCAUCUUACUUGUCUUCCAGGCUCUCUAUCCAUAUCUGCUUUAUGUUGGAUCGCAGGCGUCUGCUCCUUUUGUCAAAGUCAACAUCACUGGUGGAACUAAUGCUGCUUGGUCUCCAUCAUAUGACUAUGCAGCACAAGUUCUCAUUCCCAAUUUCGCUAAACUUGGACUUCCUUCUUUGUCUAUUAUCCUCCAUAAGCGUGGCUGGUCAGCGGGGCCAGUUGACCUUGGAUCAGUCACUUUCCUCAUACAUACACUCGCAUCUGAACAUAAGCCAGAGGGCAAAAAUCAACCCACAGGGUCAUCGGAGAAAGAUCGGCAUCGGACCGCUGAGCCUCUAUGCAGCUUCCCACGGAUUGAUUUAAUGGAUCACGAGCGUGGGAAAGUCACGCAAAUUGAUAUCACAAUACUGGCACCUGACCAGCCCACCAUAAAUGGCGACGCGGAAGGGAGUACGGGGAGCACUGUUCGUCAGUUUAUGGAACAAAUCACUGAACACACUCUCCGCCGUGAGAUCAGAAAGCUGGAUCCGUCUAUAUUUGCCGAACUCUCUACUUUGUCUCUUCCAUUUGAAGAAGACGCUCUUAGUAAAUCAUCGGCCAAAAGUACACCAGUACCUAUUAAAAUUCACACAUCGGAAGCUACAAAUCACCGGAGCCACGUAUACAUCCUUCUUGUGGCCCAUACUUCCUCUGGUUUCCGAAUAGGUCAUGAGAUUCUAGGUGGCGUGGGAGGCGAUCGCCUGCCUAGGCCAAAGGGCAAGGGGAAACAAAAACAACAGCCAGCCCAUGACCCUCGGGGAGAUUCUCAAGAUCAGAUAGAAUUUUCUGCGGCUGCGGAUCUAGUCCGUCGAUGUGUGCAAGGAUUCAUAGGAGAGAUCUCAAAAGAAGAAAUCCCAAAUGAGAGAUCAAAUGCCCAUCCAAACCAGAAAAAUCCUUCCACCGCCAAGAGAUCUUGUCUAGAUCCAAAUAUGAGGGAUCAGAUUGUUGUUUUCGAGGCACUUGGAAAGGCCUGUCACGCAGGUGUGCAUGACACCGAAGCAGCCGACACCGAACCUCUGGAAGACGAGCGAGAUUGGACACUCCACACAAAGACCGCGCAAUGGGUGUGCCGGAAGAUGUUGAAUGUCUAG